AUGUCUCCAUCUGGUACCUUUCAAGAUCCAUGGUAUUGUCUCUUCAGAGGUAACAGAAUAGAAGACACAGCCAUUUCCGCGGCCAUACGCAACUACGGCCUCAUCCGUUCGUUAGAUAUUAAUUCUCUCGUCGAUGAGAAAGCACCUAAUGUUCCUCAAAGCUCAGAGACUGUACAAGAAUCUGCAGCUGCCAUGUCUUCUGAAGCUAUGUUGACCAGUUUAGAUAAAGCCGGUAAUAGUUCUGAAGUGGAAUCAUGGCUUACUAGUACCUAUGAUAGUGAUCACCAGCAGGACUUCCUGGACAGGGCUGUUGCUGAAGCUAUUAAAAAAAAGGGUUUGAGCGCGCUUAGCGUUGACUAUGGUUGAUUAGGACGUAACUGAAAUUCCGUCCUCUGUUUUAAUUUAUUCUUGUUGAGCCA